GCUGAACGCCUGACGUCAAGGCGACAUCGCCAAACCUCGCCCAGAUUCAGGCGUGUAAACCAGCCGGAGCGGCGGCGGCAGAGGCAGGACCGCCGUGGCGCCUAGAGUAGCGACCCGGAGGGAGCGCGGGGCGACGCUGGCUGCAGGGACCCGGUGACAGCGUGAGAGGUGCUCUCAACUUAAUCAUCCUUCAACAAAACAAUUAAGACUAGGUACUGGGUUUUGACAAGCUUGCAUCAUGCGUGAGUAUAAGUUAGUCGUUCUUGGCUCAGGAGGCGUUGGAAAGUCUGCUUUGACUGUACAAUUUGUUCAAGGAAUUUUUGUAGAAAAAUAUGAUCCUACGAUAGAAGAUUCUUAUAGAAAGCAAGUUGAAGUAGAUGCACAACAGUGUAUGCUUGAAAUCUUGGAUACUGCAGGAACGGAACAAUUUACAGCAAUGAGGGAUUUGUACAUGAAAAAUGGACAAGGAUUUGCAUUAGUUUAUUCCAUCACAGCACAGUCCACAUUUAACGAUUUACAAGACCUGAGAGAACAGAUUCUUCGAGUUAAAGACACUGAUGAUGUUCCAAUGAUUCUUGUUGGUAAUAAGUGUGACUUGGAAGAUGAAAGAGUUGUAGGGAAGGAACAAGGUCAAAAUCUAGCAAGACAAUGGAACAACUGUGCAUUCUUAGAAUCUUCUGCAAAAUCAAAAAUAAAUGUUAAUGAGAUCUUUUAUGACCUAGUGCGGCAAAUUAACAGAAAAACUCCAGUGCCUGGGAAGGCUCGCAAAAAGUCAUCAUGUCAGUUGCUUUAAUAUACUAAAUGCAUUGUAGCUCUGAGCCAGGUAUGUUCACUUAUCUUUCCUCUAACUUUAAAUCACUCAGCCUUAUUAAGGGCACUCUGUCAUGAAAGCAAGUAUAGAAUUCUUUUUGUUGGUUCUGAAAAAUAAAUGGUUUAUUUUUAUAAGAUAUCCAUGAGUUAGUAUUUAAUUAAUUAUUAUCAUGAGUAAAGUAUUUCACGUAAGUAUUCUUUCUUUUUUUUUUUUAGAUGUAGUUUCGUUCUGUCACCCAGGCUGGAGUGCAGUGGCUCAAUAUCAGCUCACUGCAACCUCUGCCUCCCAGGUUCAAGCAGUGCUUCUGUCUCAGCCUCCUGAGUAGCUGGGAUCACAGGCACAUGCCAACACGCCCAGCAAUUUUUGUAUUUUUAGUAGAGAUGGGGUUUCACCAUGUUGACCAAGCUAGUCUUGAACUCCUAACCUCAAGUGAUCCACCCACCUUGGCCUCCCAAAGUGCUGGGAUUACAGGCGUGAGCCACCACACCCAACUGAGUAUUCUAAAUAAGUUCAUUCGGUAUACUGGUUGGUGCUGGCAAUACAGUGGUGAACAAGACCCGCCUUCUCUCCUUGACUCUUAAUUACUUUAAGCUAAUUCAGGUAUACUGAAAGAGAAAGGCAGUUAAUUGCAAAACAUGAUACAUUCUGUAUUAAGAUAAAUACAGGGUAGUGUUGCUAAUAAAAACCCCUAACAUGGCCAAGUACAGUGGUUCAUGCCUGUAUUCCUAGAACUUUGGGAGGCUGAGGCAGGAUUGCUAGAGGCAAGGAGUUGAUCAGUUUGGGCAACAUAGCUAGACCCCAUCCCUAAUUUAUUUAUUUAUUUAUUUAUAUGUAUUUAUUUAUUUUUGAGACGAGUCUUGCUCUGUCGCCAUGCUGGAGUGCAGUGGUGCGAUCUGGCUCACUGCAACCUCUGCCUCCCGGGUUCAGGCAGUUUUCCUGCCUCAGCCUCCCUAAUAGCUGGGAUUACAGGCGCGUGCCACCACGCCCGGCUAGUUUUUUUGUAUUUUUAGUAGAGAUGGUCUUUCACCAUUGUUGGCCAGGAUGGUCUCGAUCUCUUGACCUCAUGAUCUGCCCACCUCGGCCUCCCAAAGUGCUGGGAUUACAGGCGUGAGCCACCGCUCCCAGCCAACCCCGUGCCUAAUUUAAAACACACACCCCUGACAUGUUCAUCAUGUGACACACACACACCCCUGACAUGUUCAUCAUGUGCCAGUCACUUUUUUUUUUUCCUUCAACUUUUAAGUUCCAGGGUACCUGUGCAGGAUGUGCAGGUUUGUUACAUAGGUAAAGGUGUACCAUGGGGUUUGCUGCAGAGAUCUCCAUCAGUACCUGGCACAUAGUUAACACUCAACUGUUAGCUGCUGUUGUUUGCCAGUGAUAAUGGUUUCCUCUUCAGCUGUCAUUAAACUGUUUAUUGUUAAACUGUUAAUUUAUUUAUUCUUAAGAACCUUUGACAUUCCUGACUCUUGUUUCUUCCUAUGUUAGUUGACUCAAUGCUGCCAUAGCACUUUGAUUCUGCAUCUUUUUAGAGUUUUUAUUCCUGCCUUCCAUCUAGGGCGUUCUGUUUAGUGGUAUAUCCUCUCAUUCUGAUAUCCUGUAAUUCCUGACCACAUGCCCGUUCUUAGCAGCACACAUGUGCUUAAGCUCACACACUUCCAUCUGUCCUUUUUAAUUUGCAGCAGUCUGCUAGGAUUUAGAAAACUUGAUUGCAAACCUCAUUCAGACUCAGAAUGAGGACCUAAAGUUCUAGGCAUUUGUGAAAAUUAUUUCAGCAGCCACAUAUAUAUUAACAACUCUUCUGGAGCUUGUAACAAGUCUGAUCACCAGGAAAAUAUAAUAGGAAACAUUUUUUUAGCUGAGGCAUGUAUGCAGAAAAUUAUUCAAAGUACAUAUUUAACAGUUCUAAGUUUACUUUUUAAAAAACUUUAAUUACAUGUGAUUUUAGUAUAAUACCAGCUUUUUCUGACAUCAGUCUUAAAGUUAAUAGAAUGUUUAAAUAUGGAAUUAGAAAGUAUAUAAUGUGAUUGUAAAUCUGUAAAACACUGUCAUGAAAUAAAUUCUAUUUGUCUGCUUCUCUGAACGAGCUUUUUAGCCACUCUUAUUGAAAAAGGAAGAACUUGAUUAUCUGAUACUAGAAACCUUGGUUAGAUGUGCAUUCUAUACUUAUGAUCUAAUUCUAGGAUUACAUUACGAUUGUGUAAACACAGGAUCACCCAUUUUGUUAAUAUUGCUAUCUGACUUUUUAAUCCUAAUUCUAAUCAGGUUGACUUGACUAACAAUUUUAAUGUGAUUUUUUUUCCUUUUUAAUCCUUGGAAGGUAAUGUACAAAAAUUUGCACAAAGGUACUUUCCCUUUCUGUUCCUAAGAUUUUCAUUUAACUGACUUUCAAGAGGGCAGCAGAAUAGACUUCAUCUUUUUGGAAGGAAAAGAUGAAAAGGUCUGCCAUGAAUUGUGGUAUGUUGCCACUAAUGUAAUGCCUACAACAAGAGCCUAGAUUAUAUUCAUUUCUAACACUUUCAAGACUGUUUUCUUAACUGUUUCCUUUUGGGUCUUUACUUUUUCCAGCCCAUGUUUUUAAUUAAUUUUUUUCCUUUUGACAGGUCUGAAGAACUGUUGCCCAAUUCAACAGUGCCAGCAUUCCAACUUUGUUAAACCUACCAACAUCUUAAAUGGACUUUCCUGUGGUGGUACCCUUUAAGAGGCGGAUGAAAGCUACUAUAUCAGUUUGCACAUUCUAAUCACUUUCCAGUAUCACAAGAGAGAUUUUUACUUACAUAAUAGUCCUAGAGUAUGCAGCUGGUAAAACCAGAGGCUACAUCCAGUAUUACUGCUAAGAGACAUUCUUCAUCCACCAAUGUUGUACAUGUAUGAAAAUGGUGUACUGUAUACUUUAACAUGCCCCAUACUUUGUAUUGGAGAGUACAAUAAUGUAAAUCCCAAAAGCACCACUAUUUUAGCAUAAUAAAAGAAAGUCCAAAGAGCUCCUAUAUAGACUACUCCAGAUAACUUCGCUUCUUUGAUACUUGUAGCUUAUUGUAAUUUUUUUUUAAGAAAUUCAAGGUCAUUAUUAUUGUACAAAAUAAGCGCUUUGAUUAACACAGCUAUAUAGUUUUUUUAAUUUUUAAAAAACCUGUGGAGACAGUGAUCUUGUCUUUAAAAUAUGAUAGUCCUUUCAGUAUAAUGUCUUAGAUUAAAGACGUUGCCUUUAAUAUCUGUUGGGAAGGAAAUGUCCAGACUUUUCAAAUCUCUUAUUAUAUGUUUCCUUUUUUUGUUUACAUAGGGAACAAUGUUUAUAGUCGUGUGUACAGUGGGGGUCUACAACAAGAAGUGUAUAUUUUCAAACAAUUUUUUAAUGAUUUAACAAUUUUUGUAAAUCAUUUUCAGGCUUCUGCAGCUGUAGAUUCUCACUGUGAAUCCCUUGCUUGCUCAUGCAUAAGUGUAUUUGCAAUACCAAAUAUACAGGUUUAGUAUUUUUGCCUGUUAGUGAUUGUUUCACAUGUGUAACGUUUUGGUUGAGAUGUUAAAUGGUGGACGAGUACUGUGGAUGUGAAUGUGGGAAGUAAUUUUAAUCAUAUGUAAUUGGUCACAAGGCCUAAUUUGCAGUAACUAUUGCUGUUUUAUUUAACAAUGCCUUGUUGCUUUGUAUGCAUUAAUGUUUGGAUGUAAAGAUUGUGUGUCUAUCCAACAGGGAGCCACAGUAUUUAAAUUGACCAACCUAAUGUUACAACUACUUUGAGGUGGCCAAAUGUAAACUAAAAGCCUUAAUUAAAGUGGUGCAAUUUUGUAUAACUUAGCAUCAGUAGUUCAAUAAAUUUGGAUUGCCAUGCAAGGGCUUGCAUUAUAA